AAGUCCAUUCUUAAUAUGCGAAUGGAAGCCCACGCUGACGUUCUCUUCCAGAUCCCGGAGGCGAUCCGCUUCUGCUGCGACUUCCUGGCCUCCUGGGUGGACGCCGAGAACCUCCUGGAGGCCUACCACCUGGCCGACCACUUCAGCUUGGGCCACCUGGCCGAGCAGCUGGACGCCUUUAUCCUCAAGAACUUUGUGGCCUUAUCCCGCACCCCCACCUACCGCCGCCUCCCUCUGGAGAAGCUUUACGCUCUCCUGGACAGCAACGUCCUGCAGGUCCGUUCCGAGUACGAGGCCUACGAGGGGGCCCUCCUCUACCACUCCGACCCCCAGCAGCUCGAGGCCGGCGUCCUCUCCUUAACGGUGUCCCCGAAGCUUUUGGAGACCGUCCGCUUCUCGUUAAUGGAGGCCCACUUCCUACUUAGACUCUACAAUAGCCUCAGACAGUGUCCGUUGAAGGAGAUCGUGGCGCAGGCUCUGGCCUACCACGGGAACGAGGCCUUCCAGCCCGUGCUCCAAGGGCCGCGGACGCAGGUCCGGUCGCGCUUCCGCUGCGUGGUGGGCUUCGGCGGGUGGCACGGCACCCCCUCGGCGGCCCUCAGCAGCCAGGGCUGGUUCCUGAACCCGCUCCUGAAGGGCUGGAGGCACCUCACCGUCACCCAGGCGCCCCUGAUGUCCAACCAAGGGGUGGCCGUCUACAACGACUUCGUCUACCUCAUCGGAGGGGACAACAACGUGCAGGACUUCCGAGCAGAGGCCCGGUGCUGGAGGUACGACCCACGUCACAACCGGUGGUUCCAGAUCCAGUCCUUGCAGCAAGAGCACGCCAACAUGGCCGUCUGCAUCUUGGGGGAGCACAUCUAUGCCGUGGCCGGGCGCGACUACCACGAAGACCUGCGCCAGGUGGAGCGCUACGACCCCCAGACGAACACCUGGGAGUACGUCACACCUCUCCAGAAGGAGGUGUAUGCGCACGCGGGGGCGGCCUUGGACGGGAAGGUGUACAUUGCGUGCGGGAGGCGUGAGGAGGAGUACCUGAAGGAGCUCCAGUGCUACGACCCCAAGACGAACUGCUGGGACCCUCUACCCGACAGCCCCUUCCGGCGCGCAUGGCACGGCAUGGUGGCCAUGCUGGGGAAGCUUUACCUCAUUGGCGGAAACAACACCGACUCUGGAUUCAGGCAGGAUGUCCUUGAGGUGUCCUGCUACUCCCCGAAUUCAGCGCAAUGGACGACAGUCUCCCCGCUCAGGUUCGGACACAGCAAACCGGGCAUUGCGACCCUCGACCGCCGCAUCUACGUCUUGGGGGGCCAGUCCUUCAACCACGGGCGCCUCUCGGCCGCCGUCCACAUCUACGACGCGCUCCAGGACCGGUGGGAAGACGGCCCCUCCCUGGAGAACGACGUGUCUGGGAUCGCGGCCUGCACCCUCACCCUGCCCCAGGCGGUGGUCCUCGAUGUCCAGCGGUGGUCGCCAGACAGAUGGUGGCGCGAGGGCGGAGGGGACCUCUUUUCCUGAGGGCGGGAGCGUCUUGGACAAUGUCAAGGAACUGCGAUGGGUACCUGGUGGGAUUCUUGGGUUGUGCCUUCCUCUUCGUGGCCCUCCUUCUCCUAUCGGGAAAACAGCAUGGCAAAACUUAGCUGAUACUUCCUUGUUGUUUACCUGUGAUCCUC